GAACCUGGUAUCCACGUUUUCCGUGCACUUGUACAAAACUUGGUAAGAGGAAAAGCAAUUGCGUAUGGACUCCGAGAACUUGCUAGACCGGGAACAUAAAAUAUUCGAAUCGGACGAAAGUUCCGAGAGUAGCUCAGCCACCGUCUGCCUCCGGCAUUAGCUGAAAGGGGAAAGGAAAAAGCAGAUAUGAGAAAACUGGUUCUGAAGUCUCUGGCCGGCAGCGUUUCAUCGGUGACGCCGAACUGGUGGAAUAAGAUCAACGGAUCAGUUGAAUGGCAAGAUGGGAUCUUUUACUCUCUAUGUGCUACGUAUGCCCUCGUAUCUGUCGUUGCCCUUAUUCAACUGAUAAGAAUUCAGAUGAGAGUGCCCGGGUAUGGAUGGACAAUACAAAAGGUUUUUCAUCUCAUGAACUGCAUCGUAAAUGGAGUCCGUGCUGUUGUCUUCGGUUUUCACAAAAAAGCAUUUCUUUUCCAUCCCAAGGUGCUAACUAUUGCACUAUUAGACGUUCCUGGAUUGCUUUUCUUCUCCACAUAUACACUUCUGGUCCUGUUUUGGGCUGAGAUCUAUCACCAGGCUAGAAGUUUGCCAACUGAUAAGCUCAAAACCUUUUAUGUAUCAAUAAAUGCUGGAAUAUACGUCAUACAGUCUGGUAUAUGGGUGUAUCUCUGGUUUAAUGAUAAUAGUGCCAUGCGUGUAAUUGGGAAUAUCUUUAUAGCAGUUGUUUCAUCAGUUGCAGCAUUGGGGUUUUUGCUCUAUGGGGGAAGGCUUUUUUUCAUGUUGAGACGCUUCCCUAUUGAAUCCAAAGGAAGAAGAAAGAAGCUUCAUGAGGUUGGAUCUGUGACAGCCAUAUGUUUUACCUGUUUUGUGAUAAGAUGCUUUGUGGUUGUGUUGUCUACAUUUGACUCUGAUGCAUCACUUGAUGUUCUGGACCACCCAAUGUUGAACUUGAUAUAUUACCUGGUGGUGGAGAUUCUGCCUUCAGCUCUGGUUCUCUAUAUCCUGCGCAAACUGCCUCCGAAGCGAGUCUCAGCCCAGUACCACCCUAUUCGUUAGUCAAAGAGUUGCUGUUGCCUUUUUUGUCUUCUAAAAAACAAAGUGAGAUGUGCAACUGCAGAGAAGGAGAAUGGGGGUGAUGAAGUUGUCUGUUUCGCUGGGAAAAGUUGAUCUUGAGCCAAUGUGUUCCACUCAGUUCAUUUUUUUUUAUAUUUUGUAGGGGAAUAUGUUUGUUGUGAAUUGUGAUGUAUGGAAAUAUUAGAAGUUAGAUGAUAGUGUGAAUUUAGUGUACUGUUUCUAAGAAGUGGCACCUAGACAAGGCAUUAUGUACCGUCUUGGGGUGCCAGUUCUUUAAUGGAUUGUUAAAGUAAUCGCCCUUACUAGGAGUAAAAUAUACUCUGUAUUACACAUAAACCUUUUCUCUGAAUAGGAGUCCAUCCUAAUUAUUUUCCUAAAUAGGACUAAAAGUUAAUAUUCUACCCUUAAGGCCUUA